UCAAAGAGCUGGGAACCACGAGGACCGCUUGGAAACUGCAGCUAGAGUCAGAACUCAGCAAGCGCCCGCCUAGUCAUGAGGCUUCGGGCCCGGAGCCUCAUUGCAGACCUUGAAAUAGAGUCGCACUCCAUCGUUACACAUUGCCACUCACCACCAUCAUCAUAUCCAAAGCCAUCAUGUCCACAGCAACAAGACUACUCUACCAGAAUGUCAUGGGUGUCGACAGUGGAACGCUAUCAGUCCACAUUAUACCUGAAUCACACUUGAACGAAGAGGAAAAUCAGUUGCGCAGUCUGUUAGAAAGGAACGAGGGACAUGCCCUUGGCCUUGCUGGCGGAUUUGCGCCCACUGGAGAGCUCGCGAUGCUUGCAAUCGCUGACACGUCCACGAUUGUCAUCAUCGAAUUCGAGUUGAGGAAGAGCAAGGGCAACGAACACGAUGAACGCCCUGUCACACCCGCCAGUAAGACACUUGAUCUUCGGAUCGCAAAUGCGAUCGAUAUGCAGAGCGCAGGACCGAAAACACGUGCCCCGCUCGCCACCGUUAAACAGGCCAUUGGUGAUCUUCAUCAUGUACACGAUGGAAACAUCAACAAAGUAUUCUGCGAUGAUACCAUCAUCGAUCAUCCCCUCGUUACUAAGAAUGGCACCAGUUCACUUGCACAACGUGCAUGGAUCGCACACUAUAUCUCGCAACUCCCAACCAUGGACGAUCGUCUCGCGCAAGUGCCUCCAGUGGACACCUUCCGACUCUCUGAUGAGGCGUUGGAAUUCCUUGCAAAGAGCUCGAAGGAUUCAUUCCAACUCGAGCAGAAGAAGCCGACCGAGGUCACGCGCCAGUUUGCCACUUCUAUCGACCAUAAGGACAACCACAUCAAUGCCCAAGCUGACAGAUACCAGAACAAAAUUCGCAAGGGCCAGCAUCAGCGUGCAUUCAUUGAUAUCGGCGGGCGCAGCGGGCGGGGCUUCACUGUUGACGGUCAGGUUGCCAAGUCUAAGGGUCGCACCGCGAAACUCGCUACCACUAACAGUCUCAGUUUCGUUGGCAAGAUCAUCGGUUCGAUUAAGAUCAUCGGUCGUGAUGACCCUACGCAGGCUGAGAUCCAGCGUGCUCAGAAGGUUCUAGAGAUCCUCCAAGGUCUCAUUAACCUCGAGCACGACAAUCCGUGGGUUCAGUUGAUAUUCUUUUCGUCUCCCAGAGAUAACUUCCAAUGGCCCUCCGCCUGGACGGAGGAGGCGAACGAUGCGGAUGUUGUCAGAUUCCGUGCCGACCGUGUCAGUCGCCCCCUCAAUCCAUCCCAGACGAAAGCUGUGAAGCGGAUGCUCCAGCAGUCGAAUGACGGGCGUCUUACUGUCAUCCAGGGCCCCCCUGGAACCGGUAAGACCACUGUCAUCGCCUCAUUUGUUCAGACUGCCCUUGCCGGUGGACUCUCUGGCAUCUGGCUCAUUGCCCAAUCCAAUGUUGCCGUCAAGAAUAUUGCCGAGAAACUCGCUGACUUUGGCCUGACCAGUUGGAAGCUUCUAGUCUCAAAGGAAUUUUUCGAAUACUGGCAUGAACACCUCUAUGCCAACAUUCGGGCCAAUAUCAUCAUAUCCGAGGACUUCUCUGCGCCAGGUUUUUUUAAGGAGCUCCAGACCACCCCGAUUGUUCUAUGUACCUUGUCUAUGCUAUCAUCUUUCGCUCUUCAAAGGUUUGGAGGUUUUAAAGCUGCGCCACUCAGGACCCUCGUCAUCGACGAAGCGUCCCAAAUUGAGAUUGGUGACUACAUUCCUCUCUUCACCUCUCAUACCUCCAUUAGAAAGGUGUGCUUCAUUGGUGAUGAUAAACAAUUGCCACCCUAUGGUCAGGAUGAUAUCCAGGACCUGAAGAGCAUCUUCGAGGUCAAGCAUCUCAAGGACCACGCCAUUUUUUUAAAUACCCAAUGAUGCCCCCUCAAAUUGGAGGGUUCAUAUCUGAAGCUGUGUAUGACGGCCAACUGGAGUCGAAUCCGUCACACCCCGUCGCGAACGAGAGAAUGGCUUGUCAUUUUGUCAACAUUCCCAGCCAGGAACAGCUACAUGGAACUAGUUGGAAGGUAAACCACUUGAAUUCAGUCACUCGCAGUUGAUCAAUGUCG